GUCAUUGUCAUAUAAAUGUCACAUCUGCUGUCAUCUGAUUUUGUGCAAUUUAAAAAAUCAUUAAAAUAUAAUUAUUGGUCAAAUAAAAAUCCUUAUUGUAACAAGUUAAAUAAUUUUAUAACAUGUGAGUGAUGAGUUGUACAGAAAAUGAAAGUAGCCCUUUUGUCGUAUUCUUCUUACCAGCGGUCGUCGGCUGUCUGACUAUACUCCUGGCGAGACGCUGGGCAAAUUCUCAAGUUAACAGUACGUCUUCAACAGCCGUCUCAAGGCGGCGGAAGAUUAUCAAAGAUCCUCUUGUUAAGAGACCUUUACCACCGAUCGCCUGCAAAAUGGUUGCGCCGGGUUCUAAGAAAUCUAGCUCAUCUAAAAAGGGGAAUUUUGCAACUGAAGAAGACAGUAAUUGUGGGGGACAUGUCAGAAAGACAAAUCGUCCCACAAGAGUUGUUUCUGCACCAGCCCCCACAGUUGGUCUUACAGAAACAAAGUUGGCAGAAGGGCCUAUUCCACCCAAACAUAUACCAUUUCCAUACAUACCACAGGAUGGUACUUUACUAUUUGAAACAAUGACAUUUGUUUUCUUGCUGGUGGCAGCUGGACUGCAAUUUCUGAACCUUUAUAGGACAGCAUGGUGGCUUCCACAUUCAUAUACUAAUCAGGCGAUGCACUUUUACUUGAUAGAUCCACACCUAGUGGCAUUCAUUGUAACCAUAGUAUCAAGAAGAUUUCUGCUGGCAGCAUCGCUUGCAAUUCUAAGGUUGUUCCUUGCUCCCAAGUUGCUGCCACAUGCUACCAUCGCUGCUAGAAUGUUCAUAUUAGGAGUAGUACUUGGAGCUCUUACUUGGUGUUCAUACUUCAUUGUGCUCAAAUACCCAUUUGUCAAAAUAUUCUACCUGUGUUACCCGGUGGUUAUAUACUUUAUAUUAUUUGGUCUUCAAUCAAGUCCAUUUUUGGACUUGAACAACUCUGAAACUCCUCCAUUGCACUGCUGUUCUCAUGACCCUGUGCAAAUAAGGUCUGAGGUUGAUGUGCUCAGAGAGGAUUUCAACUUAAGAGUGAAAAAAAUUAUCUUUAAUUCAGUUAUUGGAGCAUAUUACACAAGUUUCAUUCCAUGCUGUUUUGCACAGUCAUACUUAAACUAUGACGUGUACGCGUCGUCACAGCAAGUAGCGUUUGUAUGGGCGGGGUUGUUCGGUCGUUACGCUGGUCAGCUGUUGUCCGCGGCUUAUUGUGACGUAUCGCAUCGGGCCGCGUUACAUCUGGGGAGGUGGCGGCUCGACGCAGAGGGUACAGAUUCAUCGUUGGAUGUCCCGUCGUGGUCGGCCUCCAAGCUGUGGGCGCGCGGCGCGACCGUCCGCUGGUGCGGGGGCACGUUCUACGCGACGGCCGCCACCGCCGCGGAGCCCGCGGACCCUACACAUACACGCUUCUAUGCGGUGUUCAUAAAUCCAUCCACAAUGCUGUGUCUUCUACUGUGCAUGCAGCUCUCCUUAAUAGUUUUAGAGCUGUGUCUACUCUUCAGUUCUGUAGCGUGGCACAACUUCAUCUCUAUAAUAAUAUUGUUGUUCAUUAAUUACUACACCUUGUUUAAAGUAAUGCGAGACUAUCUCAUAGCGUGGAAAGUUUAUAAAGCUGAAAAUAUGAUACAAGAUAAAAACAACAUUGUACAACCAAUGAACUAAUCGAUUUCUUCAUUUGAAAAAAGAUAUAUUGCGCACAAAAAUUGCUAAGGAUUUUUUUUUAUCAUGAGAUUAUAAAUCAUUCGGCGAUAUUGCGUUAAUAUAAUGUAAUUUCGUUAAAAAGUUUAUUUGAAAAACUAUCAGAUAGUGUUGUAAUAUCAGUUCCUUUAAAUCGAUAAAGAAAUCUAGUCUUUAAAUUCUUUAACCUACAAUAAACGAUUGGAUAUCCCAUAUU